GUUGCAUUCAACGCUUCGUUCGCUCCGCCAACCGAUUUCCAUUUCUCGUAUCGACAUUUUCCGUUCGUUCGCCCGUUCGUUCGUCUACGCUGCGACUCGUCGUGCAUUUCGCUCGUGCGUUUAUUUUGUUUGGAACGAUUCGGUUCGUCGCUUCGUUCGAUUUCGUUGUGUUUCACCCACACACACACGGACGCACACACAGAGACGCGCGUUUGUUUGUGUGCGCUUGGUAUUGCCGGCAAAGCCGAAUGCUUAACGUUCCACGCUCAACGUCAUCAAAUUCAUAACGUCAUUUCGUUUUGGUAGCGUGCGCUGUGCGUGUGUAUCUGUAGCUGUAGCUGUAGCCGUGGCUGUCGCUGUAUCUGUAUCUGUGCCCGCAUCGCUUAACGUAACUGCGUCUUGGGCCGCAGCCUAGUCAGCCGGACUUGCGUCUCACGCGUUUCUUCAGUGCCAAUUGGCCAAAGCAAAAGCAAAAGCAAAAGAAUUAUUACAGUCCUUUGUGCCAGAGAAUUUAUAGAGUUGCGUUUAUUUCGGAAACGAGUUCAAGAAACCCGCUCAAAUUUUCGUCAUCAAAUGUGUGUUGACAGUGCGCGCUAAAAGUAAACACAUAUAACAAAACACAUACACACACAAAAUAUAUACACCAUAUAACACACACACACACACUUACACACUCGCACACACAAAGGCUGCAACGGCCGUAAAGUGCUCAGAGCCCGCCCCGCCCCGCGCUCGCGCCAUACAACUCAACCAAAGCGACACAUUUUAUGCUUGGAAAGCCAAAGCACAACAACAAAAACAACAACAACAACAACUACAACAAAAAUCAGUAAGCUCUUUGCCAAAUACGCGAGAGUGAAAAAAAGCAACAACAAAAAAACCUCAAAUAAUAAUAAUAAAAAAGCGCCUUUGCCCCGGGCCAAAGUCACAUAAAAUACUUAUAAAAGUGCACAUAUAAGGAUUACAGGAGCAACACCCAACCAGAAGCAGAAGAAGAAGAAGAAGAACUAUAACAAAAUGUCACGGAUCGUUUUUGUAUUUCUGGCAGCCAUUUUAGCAGAUGCGCUCAGCUUUGGCCAGGUGAACGUGGAGCCGAACACAGCGCUGCUCAACGAGGGCGAUCGCACCGAGCUGCUCUGCCGCUACGGACGUGCCAUCAACUAUUGCCGCAUCGAGAUACCCGGCGAGCAGAAGGUGCUCAAUCUGUCGCCCGUCUGGAGCAAGACGCCGGGAUUUACCUACUAUGGCGCCGGCCUAAAUGCCGGCCAGUGCGGCGUCAGCAUCGAACGCGUCAAGGCCAGCAACAACGGACAGGUCAAGUGCAGUCUGGGCGUCGAGGGCGAGGAGCUCUCCGGCACCAUAGACCUGGUUGUGGCAUUGCGCCCGCAGCAGCCCAUUAUUGAGCUCAUCUCGAAGGCCAAUCGUGAUGGCUUCUUCAACGAGGACACCGAAUUCCAUGCCCGUUGCAUUGUGCGCGAUGGCCGCCCGCCAGCCAACAUCACCUGGUACCUUGACAACAUGCCCGCCAAUAAGCGCACCAAUCCGCUACAGAUACUGGCCACGCCCACCAACGAUAACGUCGAAUUGUCCACGUCCGUGCAGGAGAUCCAAUGGCAUUUGGGACCGGAGGACAGCAAUCGUAAACUCGUCUGUCGUUCCCAUCAUCAAACCGAUCGCGAGAGCGUCCCGCCCCAGGAAGCUGCCUACAUCAUCAAUGUGCGCUAUGCGCCUGUCCGUCAGCCGGAGGCUUCGGUCUAUGGUCUUUAUUUGGAGCACACGGCCAUUGUGAAUAUAACGAUUCGUGCCAGCCCGCCGCCAACCAUCAAAUGGACCAUCGAUGGCGCCAUUGUGUCGCAGGGACGCAGCGAGGGACGCUAUUCGGCCUAUGAGCCACAAUAUGUGGGCAACGAUGAGUACAAUGUGACUUUGGCGAUUGCGGGCCUCACUUUGGAGGAUACGACCAAAACGUACUAUCUGGACGCCAGCAACGAGCUGGGCACCACCAACUAUCAAGUGCGCAUCAGUUCGUCGAGCAAGCCGCCCAGCGCCAGCUUGGAUGUGGCUGCCAUUGUGGGCAUUGUUGUGGCUGUUGCUGUUCUGGUGCUGAUUGUGCUGCUUCUCGUGUUUGCGCGCGCCACCGGCAGAUGGUGCUUUGGCGGUAAAUCAAUCAAGACGCCCACAAAUGAAACCGACAAGCAGCUGGAAACCGCGGAGGCAGCGCAUCAUGGCCAAAAUGUGGCACUGCUGGAGACGCCCAAUGGCAUCACGCUUUUGGGCGCCAGCAAAAUGCGCGAGGCGAAUGGCAAUGGCAAUGGCAAUGGCAUUGGACAUGGCCACAAUCACGAACGCUUCUCGGUGGAGCGUCGUCUCCAGGAUGACGAAGAUUCAUUUGAGUAUGGCACGGAUCGUGAGAGCAGCGUCUAUAAUCCCACAACGAAGCCGCUGCGCAAUGUGCUAAUGGCCCAGGCGGGCGGACGCAAUUCGCAGACGCACAGCAACGAGGCGGAGAGGGAGUCGGUGGCGCAGGAGACGCAGGAUACGGAUCUGUUGGAGCGCGGCAAUCAGCUGGGCAUACCCGAGUCACGUUUCUCGCGCUGGCUGCCCAAGGAUCAGCGUGAGCUGCUCCAGAAGCAGGCCAAUUUGCUAUCCGGACGCAAUCAGACAGUUGUGGCAAAGGCAACACCGCCAGCGGCGCCACCAAAGCCCAACAAAAAUCAGCCACAAACAACAACAACAGCAACAACAGGAACAACAACAACAACACAAACAACACCAAAGCUGCCACAGGAAACGGAAAUCUAAAUCUAUGUGCGUGUGUGUGUGUGCAUAUUUGUAUAUGUGUAUGUGUAUUUCAUAGGUACAGCAAAUGUCUGUAGAAUGAGGUUUAGAAUUUCUAAUUUAUUUACUUUAACAUGCAAUUUCAUAGCAGCGAGCUAUGCAACUCAAUUGUAACUCAAAGACAAACGAAACUCAUGACAGCUUCAUCCACACACAGGCACACACAGUUACACACAGACACACACAUACACACACGAAACCCAAACGAAAUGCAAAAUCUUGACCUAGUUGAGAAUUUGCAAAGCAAACAGCAUGAAAUUUAGGCAUGAAAUUAAGAAUUUUGUUCGAAUAUGUUAUUAAUAGUUUUGCAUGGCAACCCUAAGCGAGCUACAUGCCAGAAAGCUAAUUGUUAUGUUACUCAAAACGAAAAUGUUUCUAAGCAAGUAUUUUAGUUGGAACCAAGUCAAAAAGAGAUGCGCAACGAGUGUUCAACUCAAGCUGUGCCCACUGUACUUUUUUUCUUUUCCUUAAGCGACAAACAAAUUUCCUUUUUUUUUCUUUCAAAUGUA